CAACCCUUAACUGUAAACAAGAGAUUAUAAUCUCUUGCUGUAAAAUAUUUCUGAUUGAUAAGAUUUUUUCUGUCAAAGAACGCCAUAAGUAAGUCGCAUUAAAGUCUUGGUGAGGACAUGAGAUAUCAAAAUGGACAGAAUGGAAGCUGGUCGAAGAAGAAACAGUCACUCAUCGUGUUUAUAAGUUUAGCCCAUAGGUCUUUUCAGGUAUCACUCCGGAAUCUCUACAUCAGCUAUCGCACUACUUUUUGAUUGGUCAACUCUUUCAGCCCCAGGAGGGCCCCCUGGAGUCCCAUAUCCCAGCACCGAGGCAGGAUGAGGAGAGAGGUCUGGCGCGAAACACAACAUUUGAAAAGCGUAAUGGCGGCGGCUUCAGUAGUAAAGAAAGAUGGCAUUCGUAAGAGGAGUUUUCCUCAAAGUUCUACAAAGCAUAUGCUUUCGACGCCCUACUAUCUGCAAUGGCCUCUUCUGCAGAUUGGAGGCAACAAAAAGAUUGUUGACAAGAUUAAAAAAACACUUGGUCCCUUUCACUUUGAGCUUCUAUGUACAAGAACAAGGAAAAAAAAGGAGCAUGAAAAAGAGAGAGUAGAGAAACAAAAGCAGAGGUCCAGUCUUGUGAUGGGGAUCAAUGAAGUUACAAAAGCUUUGGAAAGAGGAACCGUCAAGUUGGUGCUGGCCUCUUCUGCAGAUUGGAGGCAACAAAAAGAUUGUUGACAAGAUUAAAAAAACACUUGGUCCCUUUCACUUUGAGCUUCUAUGUACAAGAACAAGGAAAAAAAAGGAGCAUGAAAAAGAGAGAGUAGAGAAACAAAAGCAGAGGUCCAGUCUUGUGAUGGGGAUCAAUGAAGUUACAAAAGCUUUGGAAAGAGGAACCGUCAAGUUGGUGCUGGCCUCUUCUGCAGAUUGGAGGCAACAAAAAGAUUGUUGACAAGAUUAAAAAAACACUUGGUCCCUUUCACUUUGAGCUUCUAUGUACAAGAACAAGGAAAAAAAAGGAGCAUGAAAAAGAGAGAGUAGAGAAACAAAAGCAGAGGUCCAGUCUUGUGAUGGGGAUCAAUGAAGUUACAAAAGCUUUGGAAAGAGGAACCGUCAAGUUGGUGCUGGUUGAUAGAUCUAUCCAGCCAGCUGCUCUGCUAGAGCAUCUUCUAUUGUUAUGUGCCACACGGAAGGUACCAGCAUGUGCUAUUACUGGAAUGAAUGAGUCAACUUUUCCACCAUUGCUUGGAGUCCACAAGGUUUCAACAUUUGCAUUCAAGAACACAGAUACUCCUACAGUGUUUGACGACUUGGUUGAAUUUAUCACAAAGAUAGCAGAACCACUGUAUGUUCCUUGGUUGCACUCUAGAAAAGAAGGAGAUACUCCUACCACCGCAAAUCAGGGCACUGGUGUAGCAGAUGAUGAUUCUGAUGAACAACUGCCACAUAUCCAGGAUAUGCAUCAGAAAAAGAAGAGAAUGGAAGGGGAUUCCAUGGUUGUUGAAACUGACACUGUCAAUUUACAAUGUGCUGGUGAUUCUGCCGUUCAUUUCUCAGACACAAACAAUUCUACUCUGAGUUUAGGAGGAACUAGUAAUUCUGCUGUAAAAAAAACGGGAAUGAACAGUCAUUCUGCUGCAAACAUACCUGGUACAUGUGAUGAUGAUGUAACAAAGGUACAAGCUAAUGACAAUAGCACUCUAAGUUCACAAGGUAAUGAAAGUACACAAGUUGGAGUUGACACUACUGUAACCAACCCCAGUGGCAAGAGGAAAAGGAAAAGAAGAGCAAGAAAAUCAAGCAAGACCAAUCAGAAUAACGUAGGCUUAGCAUAUCUAAGACCUUGUGUAAAGAGCUUUGAUAUAGGGAAAGAUAAAAGAAAUCAGGGAAAGUAAUUAUUUCAUUGUGAUGAAUACUCAGCUGAUUAUUAUUUAUGGUACAUAUUUUUGUAAAGUGAGACACUAAGAAAGAUGUCACAGGAAAAAGUCAAACAUGGAGUCAGCUGUUGUUUCAAAUAUUGUAAAAAGUUUAUUUCUAGUGAUUCAAAAUAAAACAUUAAGAUUGACCAUGUACAAGACAAAUAUUAAGGGAUACGCUUUUUCCCCUCACGUCAUCAAGCAGCAAAGGUGUUAGUUUCUAAACAAACUGUUGAGCUGCAUCAUAAGGCAAAUGAAGCACUUGAGACUGAAACACUUAGCUACUACAGUCCAACCCCUAGUAAGCAGCCACCCCUAGUAUGCAGCCAGUAAUCAAAUUCCCGAAGAGGGCUUUUCUAUUGUUUUCACUGCUUUUAAGCAGCCACUAUCCAUUUCCCUGAGGGUGGCCAUUUAAUAGUGGUUGAACUGUAUUAUCAACUUGAAGUCGAUAAAGGUAAAUUAUCUGCCAUAGGGAGUUUCUGAAGCUGAUGUUUCUAGCAUUAACCCUUUGUCAGGGAGAGCAACGUGAUUUUCCCAACACAUACUCAAACUAUCAGCUUUAAAAACUAGCCACAGCAGGUAUUUUAAUUUAGUCAACUAAAAGUUGAUAAAUAUACAUAGUUAGAACUGCCACUUCUAUUUAUUUUGCACUGUUUUUAAACUGAAGGAAUAGAAAAAUAGACAAAAAAUAAUACUGGCAAGGAAUUAAAUAUGGAGAUAAAAAGAAUAUUAUAAAACAAAUACCAUAUGAGAAGGAAAUACCACGACAUAUCUGAGCCUUUGAAAUGCAAUAGAGGUCUUAAGAUACUUUUUAGACAGACUUCUCUCUCUAAACUGUUCACUUGAUUACUCUAAAUAAUUUACAUGUAUGAGCAAUUCAGAUUGUUGCAAUAACAAAAAUGCAGGGGUUUCAGGUAAUAUAUCAAACACGAAAGACCGUGUUUGACCACAUAAUUUUCAAAACACAGAGAAGAGAGUUGAAAAUACG